AGUUAUUGGUGCCGUGCGGCGCUAUGUGAGACCUCUCGCUAGCAUGCCCACUUGCCCCACUAAAAGAGAUGAAAGAUGUCACCUCAAUCGACGACCUGGUUCUUCGUAUAUACGAGUUUGCUGUUCAGUUUUUUGGGAAUUAAUUCAGCCUCUGAUGGAAGCAUACGUUACAGCACCGUGGGAAGCUCCGUUGUUCUUUCACCCAAUUCGGAUGUGAAACAUUUUUCCAGUUUAACAUGGAAGAUUGGGCCCGAUCUGGCGAUGGAGUGGUACGGCACAGAGGUGUUUGCCUACCGACAGUUCAAAGAACGUGGAAUGCUCAACACGACAUCUGGAGAAAUGACGAUCAGUGGUCUAACACCGGCUGACAGUGGCCUCUACACCGCCAUCACCAAUGACAUACAUACCAACCGCACUCGGCUUGAAGUCAUCUAUAAUGUUCCCAAACCAACUCUCUCUGUGUCAUGUGACACGCGUGACAAGUGUCUUCUGGCUUGUGGUGGAAACACAUCUGGAGCUGGACCCGUCAGCUUCAGCUGGGAUGUUGACGGCUUGGUGUUAGAUGGGCUGCCCACAGAAAUCGUCUUGACGGAGUUGAGUAACAAGAAUCAGGCUCAGGAGAGGAGUGAGGCUGUGUUAGGCUGUCGGCAGAGAGUGAGAGCCACUUUGACUGACUCCGAUUCUCAACAAAAGAGUAGAAUGGCUACCUUCAUCUCGAGCCAUGAUCAAGAAGAGCACAGAGCAAUCCUUCACCUGUGUCCUCAGCAACCCUGUGAGCUCUGCCAGAAGUGACACAGCGUCCAACCCUUUCUUUAGGCAGUGGUAUGGUAUUUACAUUGCGGUGGUGCUGUACCUCCUGGCCAUGUCGUUGCUUGUCACCAAACUUCUACUUCAUCUUUAGAGGUACAGGAGGAGCUGUGAAACCUUGGAUGUGUUUUCUGGAGAACUGUUAGUCACCCAAGACGGGAUGGCAGCAAGGACCCGUUUGAGCCGACUCCAAAACUGUGUGACUUGAUCUGAGCAUUUCUGCAUCAGGAGGGAGCUUCUCCAGCCGGCUGUGAUGUCAGUAUCUGUCUAAAGUGGAGAGCUGUGGUCGUCGUGACGACAUCAGGGGGCUUAGGGAUGUGCUCCAGUGCACUGACGAAAGCAUUCUCCAACACCAUCACGGUGCUGUGCACCUCAAAAUUCAAGCUGCAGCACCGAGCAUCUGAGGGCAGCUCAUCAUGCGACUUCAAGAUCAAGUGAAGCUUAUCUUCAGUUUCUGCACAUUUUUCUAAUCCAGUUUUCAUCUGCUGUCAAAUAAUUUUCUGAUUUCUGAGCUAAAGGAAGUGAUAUCCUCUGCCCUGCAUGUGGCUAUAUACAUGUCAGGCCAGUAUUCAUGACUGCUGUGUUACAUUGACAGUUCCCCAUCUGAGUUCAUUUAACAUACUCCAGAUGAGAUGCUAAAAGCACUGAGAUGCAGAGGGCAGUAGAUGCAGUACUGUAUACAAGUAACUCCCGACUUACGACCUGCUCGACUUACAUCCACCCGUAGUGACGACCACAGCCAGCAGACGUUGUAUUUAUUUUUUUAUUUUUUAUUAUUCAAUGUCUGGCACCGCAGCACAUGGCAGUCCAGCAUCUCACUCUCACACAGCGAUCUACUACUACAGUAGUACCUAUAACCCUUGCGUUGUGGUGGGCACUCGGUAGGUGUGGCCUCUCACCCAGAGGUAUGAUGGGUAGGGUCCUGACCGAGGGUAUAGAUAGAGGCUGUGCGGGGAAACGUGUUUGAGUGUUGUGGCCCGAGAGACAAUAAAAAACAUCACGAUCUCAACCAGCGACUCCGGACCGUUUUGUCCUGCCACAGCGUAGGCUAUUUUGAAUGGCAUUCGACUGAUGUCCAGCCUGAUCGGUUGGUCGGAACCGAUCCCGGUCGCAAGUCGGAUGUUACUUGUAUAUGAAGCGAUGGCGUUUGUUUAUUUAUCCGCUAGAUGUCGCCAAACACUCACUCACGUGCUACUGAAACACUUCAGUUGUAUAUAUUUCCAUGGAGUCUUAAAUUUCGCCGCUUUCGUCAUAUUUUAUUGCCAUUAUGUUUGAAGUUGUGUGCUUAAUAUUUGUCCACAAUAAUCUUAAUUUGCCAACAGUCGUUCAAUCAAUGCAUAUUUGUCAAAUGUUUGUUACUCUGGUAUGUUUUUUUUAUGAUAUUUGCUCCUGUCCCACCUUUUAUUUACAAUUUCUUUUUGAUAAGUACCAAAAAUGCUGCCUUUCCUUUGACACUGGAACCUUGAUAAAUGUACGUUUCUGAACUCAAAUGGAUUAGAAUUAACAUUGCGAAGGUUUACUUGAUAAACUAUGAAGUUCAUAUUUACUGCAUUAAAUAUUUUAUGUCAUUUCCCCCCUAAAUGACACUUUAUAAUAUGUUGCUCACAACAGCCCCAGUAUUUCAUGUGGCCCCAAAGGAAAUUUAUUUGGUUUAGAUGAAGCAAGAUAACACCACCAUUUGGCACAUUUAUCAUUCUGUAUUUCUUUUUCUUUUAGUUUCACAUUAUUAGCUGUUGAGGAAGAAUUUUCCUGAAUGGAAAUGGAUUUCAGUCUUUUGAUUUAUUGAUUUAUUCAAAUGUUUCACUGAGAAAUCCAGCACGAGAGGAAGUGUAUUCCAAAUUAUUGUGCAAUACAUAGUAUUAGACAAGUCAUGAACGUCUAUUUGGUUCCUUUCAGAUCAUCCUCUCCUGCUCUAGAUGGAUCAAGCGUUUGUAUAUGUCUCCUCUAAACUGCAUAUAUGCUUAAAAAAAGAGGCAGGGUAGUUUACAAAGAAUUGAUUGACAAACCUCUCCACAUUGAGGUGUAGUUUACAUUACUGGAGGUGAUCUGCGGCAUGUUCACUGUCGUCCUCCACUCAGGCAAGACCCGGGCCACUGCUCUACAGAGCAUGUUUGGACAGAAACGACACAUGUUCACAGCCCAUCGACGAGUCAAAACACAAGUGUCACCCUUCACAAUGACUCUUUGGCAGCUGAGAGCAGCAGAGACGAUGGAUGAGGGUUCAAAUCUGAAGUGGAAGGAAAGACACGUUCACUUGAAAUGUUGCCGCUGGCAGGAAAUGACAGAGAAGAUCCACCAAGACGAGUGGACUUAGCCGCCGUGCGUGUGUGGACAGGAUUGUAGAAGUAAGAAGGGCUAGAUCCGGACCCCCACAAGGAGCGCUUCUUUUUGGAAUCGUUGAUCGCAUGUGAGACGUGUUCAGACGAUCCCAAGAAAGACAUCUGUCUCCCGCCUAGUCAGCUUCAAAAACAAAUCUUUGCAGGGGAAGUUUUUGCAUCAUGGAGGGUGGAAUCUGCUCACAUGUGACAGCGAGUGUGUGUGUGUGUGUGUGUGCGGUGUCUGUCAUCAGGUGGAGCUUUCCUCCAGUUGAGGAAUGCAGUUUUCAGUCUGCUCCACAGACAGGUGACACGCUGCAGGCCUGCAAGUCUGAACACAGUCAGACUGAUAGAAAGCUUUCAGAUACCAGUCAUCAGAAGAUCGGAACAUUUAUGGAUAAACAACGCCAGAAUCAGGCUGAGCGGAGAAUUUAAUCAAACUCAGACGCACAAACAGAUAAGUGAUCCAGUGAUUUGACCCUUUCAGGUCAGCCCUUCUUGGGCCAUCAAUGAUCAACCUGUAGAUGUUUCCAUGACAGAGCUGUAAUUUCACUGCACCAAAAAAGCCAGCUUUGGCUUUGCUGUGGGAGGUUUGCAGCUUGUUGUUUAGCUGACUACAAUGGAAGUGACGAAACAUGCUAAAAUAUCACGGGGUAAACAAAGCAUUUCAUGUAUUUGGUUUAAGGCAGACACAGUUCUGGGAGUUUACACACGGUUAGCAGGAACAACAGUGAGUUUAAUGAUCGAAAAUAAAAUAAAAUAAAAAUAAUGGUGCCCUGGUGCAGCCACAACAACCUCGAGCUCAACGCCCAGAAGACAGUGGAGAUGGUCAUAGACUUCAGGAGAGUCACAGUUUCUCUGUCCCCUCUCAUGUUGGCUGGUUUACCCAUUCCUAUUGUGGACUCCUUCUGCUUCCUGGGAACCACCAUCACUGAGGACCUCAAAUGGGAGCAAAGAAUGUUCUUUCUAAGGCAGCUACGAAAACUACGACUGUCGACGAAGUUGCUGGUGGAGUUCUACACAGCCACCAUCUAGUCCAUCCUCACCUCCUCUAUCACUGUCUGGUACAACAGCGCCACCUCCAGGGACAAGAGCAGACUGCAGCGCAUCGUACGUUCUGCUGAGAAGGUGAUGGGUUGCAGCCUGCCACCUCUUCAGGACCUGUAUGUCUCCAGGACCCAGAGACGUGCAGGUCAGAUCAGAGCCGACCCUUCUCACCCUGGACAUGGACUGUUUGUUCCUCUUCCCUCUGGCAGGAGGCUACGGUCCAUCCAGACCAGAACCUCCCGUCACAGGAACAGCUUCUUCCCCUCGGCCGUCAGACUGUUGAAUUCGUGAACAGCCUUGCUCUUAUUUUAUUUUAAUUUAUUUUAUUUUAAUAUUCUCU